AUGCCAACUUUCCUGAUCCAAUUUGCUCAGUUCCACGAAGAGUUCAGACUGCCCGAAUUAUUGUCACUUGCUCAAUUAGAGAAAGUCGAUAUAAAGUACGAUGAGGCAGAUUACAAGCAUAUUUUUGAGCUUUGGGGCGAAGGUGAAACCUAUGAACAAGUUCAUACCCAAGUGAAAAAGACAUCCGACCGUUGGCCGAAAUACAAUACUUGUUCGUUCAAAUUCAAUGUGAGGGCAUUUGGCUCCACUAUCGACCACAAAGAACAACUGGAUAUUAUCAACUCAUUUGCUUACCUUGGAUUUGAAGGACCCAUUGAAUUGAAAAAUCCUAAUGUUCAAUUCUACGUACUUGCCGAUUACGGUUUCGAAAAUGAAAAAGAACUGGAAGCACCUCGUUAUAUUUAUAUGGGCGAAUUGAUUGCCACAGGAAGCCGAGAUUUAAUCAACAAAUACAAUUUGAAAAAGAGAAAGUAUUUAGGGACUACUUCUAUGGAUGCUGAACUAUCCUUAGUGAUGGCUAAUCAAGCGCUCGCCGCACCCGGAAAGAUGAUCUAUGAUCCUUUCGUAGGCACAGGCAGUUUCUUGGUCACCUGCGCUCAUUUUGGCGCUUUCACUUUAGGCUCAGACAUUGACGGUCGACAGAUACGUGGAAAAGGAAAGAGUGGUGUUCAUACGAAUAUCGAACAAUAUAAUUUGCAAGGACGCGUGUUAGAUGCGCUCGUGUUUGAUAUCUGUCGCAACCCAUGGCGCACACAACCUUGGUUAGAUGCCAUUGUGACAGAUCCACCCUACGGUGUACGUGCAGGAGCAAAAAAAUUAGGUCGUCAUGACGGCAAAGCAUUGGCCAUGAGAACAUACGAUGGUGUACCCAUGCAUACGCGUGAAGAUUACUAUCCACCCACAAAACCUUACGAAAUGUCCGAAGUGUUGGUCGAUCUGUUAAGCUUCUCAGCACAGCAUUUAGUUUUAGGAGGCCGAUUGGUCUAUUGGUUACCCACCGUCGUAGACGAGUACUCCAAUACGGAUGUACCACAGCAUCCUUGUAUGAAAUUGAUAUCGAACAGUGAACAAAAUUUCGGUCAAUGGUCCCGUCGCUUGAUUACAAUGGAGAAGGUGAAAGAAUUCGAUGACUCUCUCCUAUUGUCAGAUUCAGAGAAGACUGAAAUUAUGGAAAAAGGAACAGAAGACCCAAAGAGACCUGGACAUUAUUUAUUUCGUAACAAAUACUUCAACUUUGGUCGCUCAACAACAGAGAACGACCGUUCGUAG